CUGAUUCGCCAGCCAGGGUAACGAAUGCCGAGAAAUCUAACUGGUCGCUAAAGUGAGCUGAGAGCAGAGCCGCCGUCCAUUUCUGCGUUCCGAGGAUGCUGCUGGAUGGCGGCGGGCGCAUGAGAGGGGCCAGGAUGCGUCGAACGUAGGAGCGGCCUCGGAACCUUCCCACGGGGAUACCGGGAGUGAUGCGGUCGACGUUUACGGGGACCGGAAACGGAUAGGCAGGGGCGGAAGUUCCGUCCGGCGGCGGCGGAGGGGAUGAUGAGCUUCGAGUGGCCUUGGCAGUACAGCUUCCCGCCCUUCUUCACGUUACAGCCCAAUGUGGACACAAGGCAGAAGCAGCUGGCUGCUUGGUGCUCUUUGGUGCUGUCCUACUGCCGCCUCAACAAGCUCUACACCAUGACUGUCCCAGAGGCCCAGGAGAGCCCCUUGUUCAACAACCGGAAACUGCAGCGAAAACUACCUUUGGAAUCCAUCCUUGUUGUGUUAGAGGAGCUCAGAAAAAAAGGGAACCUUGAGUGGCUUGACAAGAAUAAAUCCAGCUUCUUGGUCUUGUGGAGACGGCUGGAAGAAUGGGGAAAGCUCAUCUACCAGUGGGUCUCAAAGAAUGGGCUGACCAACUCAGUUUUCACAUUGUAUGAGCUGUCCAAUGGCGAUGAUACAGAGGAUGAAGAGUUCCACGGGUUAGAAGAAUCCCUGCUACUCCGGGCUCUGCAGGCUCUGCAGCAGGAACACAAGGCUGAAAUCAUCACCCUGGACGAUGGGCGGGGAGUCAAGUUCUUUUAACGGCGAUCCUGCUCUAGCCUUCGGGUCUGAUGGGCACCCUAACUUUCUUGGCAGAAGGGCAUCUGUAUGCUUCAGUUUCCUUGCAUCAAAGGCUGGAAUGACACACACGUCGUCCUGUCGGCUCGGCGUUCUCCACCUCUUCAGUGGCUGACUUUCUCUUCGUAGUUUUUCUCUGCUGCUUCUGCCCCUCAAAGGAAUUGUUGUGUUCAAGGCACUCUGUAUAGAUCUCUGAGGACCCCCUGGGCCCAACAGAAAGGAAGCAAAUGUAGGCUCUUUGGCUUUGAGCUUCUGUGUGCAGGGCACACCCCAGAUCCUGCUGUCUUGGGAUCCAAAAUACAGUGGGGCAGGAGGCUGUCAAGUGUGCCACCCCCAGCAGGAAGAGGUGGUGGGCACUUAGGGCAGAAUUAAACCAAGUGGUUCUUUACAGAA